AUGGCCACCAUGACCGACCCAAGAUCGGCAGUUCUAGUCCAGGAGCUGCCUGAUACGAUGUUCAUCGAAGCGCUUUACCGGUUAUCCCCAUCUCACUUCAUAGAGCCUUUCCGUGAACUCCACCAUCCACUCCACUCGUGGGCCGUGAUGCUCCAAGGACUAAAGCGACUAGAGGAGAUCUUUGACGAUUUUGUUCGCAAUCUGUACACGAUCACUCAAUACAGAACGGCCGAUGGGCACGCGCUACAGCUUGCAGAGUACACCCAUCUUCUACGCUGUGCUGCAACGAUGGGAAAUGCUCCUUUUGCGGAAGAGCUCUGGUUGUGCAUGGAUAGGGACAGGGUGAUUCCGGACGCGAUAUGCUACAGCCACUACAUGGAAGCAAUUACCUGGGAUCACUGUUACACUGGAGAAGAGCAGUAUCGCCUACGAAUACUCCACAAACAUUAUAAGAAACGGAACUCCCCUAGUGCCAACAUUGGCUGGCAAGGAUAUGGAACUGGUAUUGUCAGUGUUCGGUCACGGGUACUCCGGAUUAUGGACCAGAUGGCAGAUGAUGGGCAUGUCUAUGACGAGCGAGCAUAUAUCCAUUUGAUGAUUGCGUCGGCCCGAGUAGGCCAUGGUCCGGGAAUCAGGCAGGUCUUACAAACGGUGUGGAACAUUGAUGUCGAUGCGCUCAAGGAAGAGCCAGAUACUUCGAGACUACCUCCACCAACACCCUACGACCCAUGGUCUUCUCUGUAUCCAAGUGAGAAUCUGCUCUUUGCUGUAGCACAUGCACUGGGAACGAACAAUGAUAUCCUUGCCGCUAUAAAGACGAUUGAAUUCAUCUCAACUUUCUACAACAUUCCAAUACCAACUAAAGUCUGGCAUGAAUUGCUCGAGCGGUCAUAUGUACUCUGCAGAACUCGAACCACAAAAUCCAGAUACGCAGAUGAUUCAAAUAACAUUGGCAAAGUCUCGAUAGAUCUGGUGCGCUCAGUAUUUGACACGAUGACCUCUAAGCCGUACAGUGUUACCCCAACGCUGCAAGCCUGGCGCUUCAUGAUCAACAUCAGCAUCGAUGGUGGCAGUUUAGAAGAUUGCAAGGCUGAGCUACGAGAAGCAUACAGACUUCUCACCGCAACAAGAAAAAAGCAAGCAGAUGCUCGAGCAGUAGUUGUGCGGUGUCUCAAACCAGCUCUUGAUGCAAGCAAAGCGCAGAUACGGAAAGGCGCGAUACGACCUGACCCGUUCCUAUUCCAGUCCCCCGUUGUUUUUGAAGCUAUUCACGCAUACGACAUCAUUAGAUUACAAGUAUACCAGCAGAUGUAUCUACUACAACGUAUACUAUGGGUCGUUAUCCGAGUCCCGCACUGGAGAGAUACCACAGAUGAGAGCUGGUUCUACCAAGAACGGCCGAAGCUAUUAGAAGAAUGGCGCGAUUUCCUCCCAGCAACCAAAAAGAUAUUCUACAGCGAAGAUACUGGUGAUAUUACAUUCCAUGGACCAACGAGGUUCAGAAGCCGCGUGUGGUUCUCUGAUGGAAACGUUCCCGUGAGACGAAACACUGAACACAAGAUCCUAUUUCAUACCAAGGAAAAGCGGUAUUGGCCUGAGGAGGGCAAGUGGAAUGACCUAUUCGCGCGCUAUCCAUAUAUUGACACCACGAUCGCACCACUUAAUAGGCUGGUUACCUUCCAAUUGCCCCAUUCCAAGGAGUUCGAGGAGGUUCUGAGAAACUUCCGCUCUACUUGGGUGGAUUAUCCUGAGUUUCAUCCGCAGUCAACUGAAAGUAACCCUAGUGGAGGAUUUUAUGGCCGUUUGGCUGCUCUGGGAAUGUUGAAGCCGAAGAAUCGCGGGAUCUAUCUGUUGGAUGAUAGUUCUUGGAUUUAG